GGGGCGGGAACGGUCCUUACCGGGAGGAGCGCCAGCCUGCCGGGGAGCAGGGGCGCUGCUGCGGGACUCAGAUCCUUAAAUAAGUGCCUUGGACUGCAGAUUUCUCACAAUGACUAGUAGUGUGCCUUCUGAUGUGCUUGGUCGAAGAAUCCUUUGUGAUACAGAAUAUGCAACUGUGAGGUACGCUGGUAGUGUUCCUCCCACAACAGGUCUUUGGCUUGGAGUAGAAUGGGACAGUCCUCAAAGAGGAAAGCAUAAUGGCAGCCAUGAAGGAAUACAGUAUUUUAAAUGCACUCACCCGACAGGAGGAUCCUUUAUCCGCCCAAACAAGGCAAAUUUUGGUGUGGAUUUUCUUACUGCAGUAAAGAACCGCUAUGGAUUGAAUGAUGAGCAAGAUGUUGAGUGUGAGAAAGAGAAUGCUUUAGUCAUUGGAAAGAAGACUGUGGAACUUGUUGGUUUUGACUCUAUUAUAGAACAACAAAGUCAACUGAACAAAUUGGUAGACAUCUCAGUGAGCGAAUGUGCAGUGAGCCAUGCUGGUCAGAAAGAGGAAAUCAGCAGAACGUGUCCUAAUAUCAGGAGUAUAAAUCUAUCAAAAAAUCUUUUGCCAUCCUGGGAGAAAGUAACAGAUAUUGCUUGUCAAGUUCAGAAUCUGGAAAGUCUUGAUCUCAGUGAAAACAAGAUGAAAUUUCCAUCUGCUUCUAUAACCUGUACACUUAGUAAAUUGAGGGUUCUGGCACUUAAUCGAACUGGAGUAACAUGGGCAGAGGUUCUUCUGUGUGCUCCAGGGUGGCCAGCACUUGAAGAAUUGUACCUUGCUUCCAAUGAUAUUACAGUUUUAGAAAGACCCAUUAACGUUCUACAGACCUUGAAAUUGUUAGACCUUUCAAACAACCAAUUAAUUGAUGGAAGUCAACUGCAGCUAAUAGCAUAUCUUCCCAGAUUAGAACAACUAAUUCUUUCAAACACUGGAAUUUCUUCUAUACGCUUUCCUGAUGUUGGAUUUGGAUGCAAGACUAAAAUGUUUCCGUUAUUACAACGUCUUGCAGUAGAUGACAAUAAAAUAUUGCAAUGGUCGUUUAUCAAUGAGCUUGAUAAACUACAAUGUUUGCAGUCACUGCACUGUCAGAAUAACCCUUUGAUGGGCACAGAGAAGAACCCAGAGACAGUGAGACAGCUUAUCAUUGCCAAAAUAGGCCAAUUAAAGGUUCUGAACAAAUCUGAGAUCUUUCCUGAUGAAAGAAAGGGAGCAGAGCUUGACUAUCGCAAAAUGUUUGGCAAUGACUGGAUAACGGCUGGUGGAAAUCAGAAUCCAGACAAAGACAGACCAAAUGAGGAAUUUCUUGCUGCUCAUCCUAGGUACCAGUUACUCUGCCUUAAAUAUGGUGCUCCUGAAGAAGGUGAAUUGAAACGACAACAGCCUUUCAUUCUGAAAAAUCAGCUGCUAACUUUGACAAUUAAAUGUCCAGACCAACCGGAUCAGAAACCCAUAGAGAAGAAACUACCAGAUUCUAUGACUAUUCAGAAGGUCAAAGGCUUGCUGUAUCGUCUACUUAAAAUUCCUGGUUCAGAGCUGAAAUUGUCCUAUGAAAGUUCUAAAAUGGAAGGCAAAGAAAUUGAACUAGAAAAUGACCUAAAGCCCUUGCAGUUUUACUCUAUAGAAAAUGGAGACUCUAUCUUAGUACGGUGGUAACUUUUUUUAAAAUGCAACUUCAGAAGAGGAGCCCACAGGCUACCCCAGGAGAGCAUCUGCAAUUUGUGCCACUCUUCUUGUACAUAUUUAAUGUGGAUUUCAUAAACUGGGACAGAGGGCUAUUUGAAAUGAUGCUUGUAACUCCUACAUGUAUAUUUUCAAUUAAAAAAAAUUGGUGCAUAAUUGCAGGGAUUCUUUUAAAUUCCCAGAUUAAAUGGAAGAUUAGCAUGAGGUCUUGUGCAGUGAAUUUCUAUAGAAGAAUCACUUUUACUCAGAACAUGUAAUCUAAAAUCUCAUGUGACAUUUGUAAAAGUCACAUGAGAUUUUAGAUUACAAAGACAACUGCUGUUGCACUAGAAAAGGACACUUAAACUCUGCUUUAAGUGAGAGAGAAAAUAACUUUAAGCUUUGUUUUUUUCCCUCAAGGAAUACUUUAUGUAACACCACGCUCUAGAGAGAGGUACCUAGAAUGGGGUGUGGAAAGUUUAGAUCCAUAUUCUGAUCUUGUUGCUAUAUCCUAUUUACACAUCUAGAGGGGAAAAAGAUCACAAUUAAGCUGCUGAAUUGGAGGAUUUAUUCAAAAUAACUUAUCAGCAUAUUGUGGAGCUAUACAGUUUAAUGGAUAUUCUCUGUAUGUUGCUUAAACUUUUUACUUUAUCUAGAUAGUUACUGAGUUAUCAGAAAGAUGCAAAUUCCUUUGAAUCUGGUUAUAUUAUUUGCUGUAGUUCAAGAUUUGGUAUAAGCAAAGUUUAAUAUCUUGCAUCAUAAUCUCAUCCAAAUCACUAAGUAGUAUACACAACCUCAAUAUAAAUCCUAAAAGAUAACUAUCCCCACCCUACAUGAGCAAGUACCAUUUACCACACCCCCCCCCCCAAUUUGCAGAUUACAUUAAUCCAGUAAAUAGAUGUGCUGGCAUGGAACCUUGCACCUGCUGACUCUCAUGGAUACCAGUGGUUCUGCACCUAUCAUCAUCCUAAUAGAAAUCUAGAGCUUUAUGUGCACAUUAAUUACCAAUAGUCCUUUAAGAUAAUUUCCUUUUUUAUAAAGUCAAACUUCUGGUUUUUGUCAGAUUAACACCUCACCUAUAGAAAAAUGCUUCUCUGGACAGGAUCACUCAAUUUUUAUCAAAAUGGAUGGGCAAAUAUUAAUUACAUUAUAGGUGAAAUUUCCACUAUUAAACACCACCUUAGCCGUCCUGAUUGUGUAUCUCCACAAGUCUUUAUCAUCUUUCCUCACAUCUACAAGGAUCUCCACAUAAUUCCUUCACUUUCCAGAGCUCUGUCAGUUCUUGUGGAGAAUACUGAGGGGAAGACAGCAUUCCCUUUUCACAUGUCUUCUCACACAACCAGAGGCUGUCCUGUUUAAAAAGACAAUGAUUUCAGUGGGCUUUUUUGGAAGGGGACAGUACUUUACAUUCACUAAAUCUCUCACACACACACACAGUCUAUCAGAAAUCAGUAUUUCAUGGUGUGGGACACUUGUUAAUAAUAUGCCAGUAAUUAACAGAAUGUAGACAGAGGCAGUGUGUAUAUAAAUAAAACUCUGCAAGGCUCUUAUGCUAAUCUGAGAACAGACACAAUAAGGUCAAGUAUCAGACAGCUUACAGAUGCAUCAAGGUAUCAGCCAGCCCCUGACUGAUAGGUGCUAGAAAUUUUCCUGUGGAUCAAAUAAUUCCAUAAUGGUCUCAAUAUGUAUGUGGGGAUGGGUGCACUUACAUUUUGGUCUGAUCUGGUCAGGCAAUUCCUAUAUUCUUACACAUUACCACUGAGUGUCUGGUUAACCAAUCAGCCUUGAGUAGAAACUCUUGCACAAACUAUUGUUAAUAGGAGUGCUGAUGGAAACUGGAAAGACAAGUGCCCCAAACAAUGUAUUCGUAUAACCCCUCCACCUGAGGUUAGUUUGAUAUGUGCAAGAUAGCAGAAACUGAAAAGUUAUUUAAUUAGAAGAAAGUCACCCAGUAGUAAUCUGUUAAAGAUUUUAUCCUGUAUGCACCCAGAAAGAAUUAUUUUGUAAUUAACUGGGAGAAGGUGUGAUGGAAAUGUUUGUAUAUUGAACUACUCGUAUGGAUUAAAAAAAAAACCCAUUUGAAA